UGAAAAUUGAGAUGACAUCAAACCGCUCUCUCAUCCUGUGUUUUCUAAAAAGGCCGUCAUUUUCAGUACUUCCUCGCUGAGUGUCUUUUCAGUUUGCAACGGCUGAAACCUUUCCACGGAUGGAGUUUUAAAGGAAAACUCGAGCUACUACUGGUUAUCUAUCUUCGUCGAAAUAAGAACAACCGUAUUUUAAAUGAUAUCAUGAAUACGUAGAGAAUACGACGCUCAAAAUCCCACUCCGUAACGUUUCUUUGAAAGUUUUGAAGAAGUUCUUUGGAGUUUUCAAAACGCUUUCCCUUCGACAGCAACCACGGAGGCCGAACCUACUGCUGUGGACAGCGAAGUUCUGCUUUCCUCACUUUCCUUUGUUUGAUUGUUCAGUGGAGAUUCCUGCUCUAUCGGAUUAACCCAGAUAUCGAGCGGCCAAGAAAUCAGCCGGUGGUCAGAUCGAAAGACAACACUCUCUACCCCCUUUCGCGCCAGGGACAAAUGUCUGUUGGAGUUGUGCCCUUGUCUUGUGAGAUCAAAUAGAGACCAGAUAAGGUCCAGAAGAAGAUCGCGACUCUAUAAGGAAGAACUCAAACGCGAAAAUCAUGCGGGUGGAGGAAGUGGUUGUAUCUGCUCUACUGUUGGCCACGUUCUGUAUAUCUAAGGUGGACACAAGCUGGUGGUUCUUAAGCAGGCUGGACAUCAACGUGCUCGGUGCCCGCACCAUCUGUGACAACAUCCCCGGCCUGGUUCCAAAACAGCGCCACAUCUGUCAGACCCACCCCGACGUCAUGGUGUCCAUCGCCCGAGGAGCCGAGCUGGGUGUACGGGAGUGCCAGCACCAGUUCCGCGGCGACCGGUGGAACUGCUCCACCGUGGACAGGGACGCGACGGUCUUCGGCAAGGUGAUGGACAAAAGUAGUCGCGAGGCGGCGUUCGUGUACGCUGUGUCAGCGGCGGGCGUCAUGUUCUCCAUCACCCGCUCCUGCAGCCUGGGCGAGCUGCUGGACUGCGCCUGCGACCCCAAGAAGCGGGGAUUCAGCCAGGACUCAACGGGUGAGUUCGAGUGGGGAGGCUGCAGCGACAAUAUCAAGUUUGGAGAGGGUUUCACGAGGAAGUUCGUGGACGCGAGGGACCGGAGUCAGAGGGACGCCCGAGCAGUCAUGAACAUGCACAACAACCGCGCAGGGAGGAGGGGGGUCGCUAAGAACAUGAAGAUGGAGUGUAAAUGUCACGGGGUGAGCGGAUCGUGCACCCUCCGGACAUGUUGGAGGGCGAUGUCGCAUUUCAGGAAAGUGACGGACUACCUGAGGCGGCGGUAUGACGGGGCGGUUGAGGUGACGAUGAACCAGGACGGCACCAGACUCAUUGUAUCCGACAAGAACCACAAGACGCCCACCAAGUCAGACCUCGUGUACUUCGAGACCUCCCCAGACUACUGCUUAGCGGAUGACGAUACAGGUUCCCUGGGCACAGUGGGCCGCCAGUGCAACCGGUCGUCACUCGGAACGGACGGCUGCGACAUCAUGUGCUGCGGUCGAGGCUACGACACCACCAGGGUCAAAAGAUCGCGCAAGUGUGAGUGCAAGUUCCACUGGUGCUGCUUUGUCCGAUGUAAAGAAUGCUCCGAGAUCAUUGACGUCUUCACCUGCAAGGGGCCCAGCAAGGAAUUUGUCACGCCCAAUCAGAGGCAAAUCAACAUUCCAACAUCAAGAGUCAUCGACCAAUCAGAUGUCUUCGAUGGUUCUUUUCACGGCCAAUCGAAGACGAGCAACAGGUUGGCAACACCUCGCGUCGACCAAUCACAGAAAGGGGAUACGUGAGUGACAGUAAUGUGCUCUCAUGAUGGUUGGAGAAAUGAAGCACAAUGGACUUGGUGAACAUAAUCUAGUCAAAUGUGUAAAAUAUUCCGCGGAGGUUAUUUUCAUAUUAUUUAUUUGUUUUCCCUGGACGGAUGGUUUACAUUUCUCUGUGGUGUGGUUCCACAACUUUUUGCAUCAUACGGUAUUUUGAAGAUGUAAAGUUGUCUUCAGAAUGAAGCUGGAAUAGUCUUCACGUGUAUAUUGUGUGGAAUUUUUUUCCAGGGGUAGAAGGGUCCUGGGAUCGGUGCAACAUUUUACUAUUGUGAAUGAAAAAAAUGACUUAACCAAUGUAUGUCUAACUGCCUGAACAUUAUCUAGCUUUACCAAUAAUGCAUGGACUGUGUUGUAAGAGAUUGGCAAGCCAUGAGUUCAUGUACAUCGGGUGUUGUUUCUUCACAGUCAUAACUGAAUCAUUUAUCCAUUCUUGUGCUCUAUGAAUACAAUCAUGCUUAUCAUACACAAUGUAUAGCAAUGUGUGGAUGUUUCGUUGCUUCAUGUUUUUAUCAAGAUAUCUACAUGGCCUACCUUACUUA